UCUGUGAAGCACGAUCUGAGUCCUCUGGCACAUUAGAGACCGACAAAGUUGCAGGGUGGAAGAUUUCUAAAGUCGGAGCUCCUCACGUCGGGUGUUUUCAUCGCUGUUUCCUACUCAUUGCCAUCAGGAUUUGCGGCUUAACGCUGCCGUAAAGGAGCGAGUUUUUCCAUCCCAAGCGCCAUUGCUACCGAGGCAAUGGCUGGUUCCAUCCCUAUGACUGGCCGAAACACUUCCGCCUCGUUGCCUCUCCCUGGGCCUUGCGAUGAGGCCACGUGACCCGCUGCUGCCGGAACUGCCCCGGCUUCCUCCUCGGUUUGCUGCUGCCCGAGCGAGCCUCUGUCCUCGCUGAAGGGGGAGUUUAGUCGUCGCGCUCCUGCGCCGCCUUGGGGGUCUCUGGGGGGAGGGCCCCCCGCCGUCUCAGGCUUUCUAAAGCUCUUACUGUGAAGAAAGUACUUAAGAAAAAUGACUCACUGGUUUCAUCGAAAUCCUUUAAAGGCUACGGCUCCUGUCUCAUUUAAUUACUAUGGGGUAGCCACCACUCCUGCUGCAACAAAGAUAUGCAAUGAUUUAAGGACAUCAAGAACACAUCUCCUGGAACUUUUUACAGAUUUGAAUUGUAAUCCAGAUAUGAUGAAAAAUUCAGCUGAUUCUUAUUUUUCGCUCUUGAAAGGUUUCAUAGUUUCACUUGAUGACUCUUCACAGGACAGCAAGUUGAGAUACGUUCAGAAUUUUAAGUGGACAGAUACCUUACAAGGACAAGUACCAAGUGCCCAGCAAGAUGCUGUAUUUGAGCUUGUUUCCAUGGGAUUUAAUGUGGCUUUGUGGUACACUAAGUAUGCAUCCAGGCUGGCGGGGAAAGAAGACAUAACAGAAGAUGAAGCAAAAGAUGUCCACCGAAGUUUGAAAAUGGCAGCUGGGAUUUUUAAACACUUAAAGGAAAGCCACAUCCCUAAACUGAUCACUCCAGUAGAAAAGGGACGAGAUUUAGAAGCUAGGCUUAUCGACUCCUUCACCAUCCAGUGUCAAGCUGAAGCACAAGAAGUGACAAUUGCCCGAGCUAUUGAGCUGAAACACGCCCCCAGUCUGAUAGCUGCUCUGUCCUAUGAAACAGCCAAUUUCUACCAAAAAGCAGAUCAAACAUUAUCAAGUCUGGAUCCAACAUACACAAUUAAGUGGCGAAAAUACCUUCAUUUGAAGUCCUGUUUCUAUAUGGCCUAUGCUUACUGCUACCAUGGCCAAACCCUCCUGGCUAGUGAUAAAUGUGGAGAAGCAAUAAGAUCUCUGCAAGAGGCAGAAAAAUUUUUUUCCAAGGCAGAAGUGUUGUGCAAAGAAUAUGGUGAAACCAAAGGUCCUGGAACUACAGCUAAACCUUCGGGCCAUCUCUUCUUCAGGAAACUGGGAACUCUGGUGAAAAAUACCUUGGAAAAAUGCCAGCGAGAAAAUGGAUUCAUUUAUUUCCAGAAGAUCCCCCCAGAGGCUCCUCAGUUGGAACUCAAGGCAAACUAUGGUCUUGUGGAGCCUAUUCCUUUUGAAUUCCCUGCUGUGCAUGCACAGUGGACUCCAGAAUCCCUUGCUGCAUUUGAUCUCACCAAGAGGCCAAAGGAGGAUGGUGCUAAACCGAAGCCAGAGGAAGAAGUGAAACCUCUGAAAGAGCCAGAUAUAAAACCUCAAAAAGACAGUGGGUGCCAGAUUUCGUAAACUCCACAAGUGCAUUGAAUAUCCCUUGUACCUGUAUUUUGCAAACUCUGGGGUGCCAUUGUUCACCCCCUUUGCUGAUUCUUCUGGACUCCUUCAUCCUAAAAAUGAAUUCACUGCUUUUCAUGUUUCAUAACUGUCUUUCUGGAUUGACUGUAUGUGGCUGCAUUUCAAAAGGCUGUUGGAAAUAAUGUGAUUAAAACUGGAUGGAAAAUACCCACUUCAGUUCUUUGUAGGUGACUUAGUCUAAACAAGAAGUCUGAGGAAGCUGUGGAAGAUGCUGUGAAAAACAAGACUGAUUGAAAUAUGUAAGGGAUGGAUACCAGAGACAUACUUAAGAACAUGGAGAGUUAAGCUAUCAAGCUAAUAAAUGAUGUAAAGAAAUUAUAGCGAAAGAGAGUACAGGGGCUUUCAGGUAGUGUUUGAUCUUGAAGACCAUUGAUGGAAAUGUUGGCUUGUAUCCAACAACUGUGUUCUGCUAUUAGCAAGAUGCUUCUGCCAACAGAAGGAGUGGGGUUAAUUUCCACGAAUUCCUCCCUCCUACAUUGUGCUUAGACCUAUUUCUAGGGCCCCGUGGGCUACAGAAGGAAGGGGAGGAAGAAGUCUGGUUCUCAUUUGAUGCAAGCCGUUAUUCUAGUAAUGUUUGAGAGAGAGUGAAUGAUUAUAAAGGCAUCUGUUGAGACUCGUUCAUGCAGUUUUUCAUGAGAACUCAGCAGAUGUAAAACUUGUCUAGAAGGACUGUUAAUUAAGUCUGUACCAUCUUGGAUAAGCAGUACGUUGUUUGCUGUUUAAAGAAAUGAUCCCUCAGGGACAAAAAAAGUGCCCUGUUAAGAGAAUUUACAGGUGCUAUUGUGCAUGUAGUAAAUAUAAAGAGGAAUCAAAGGGGUUACUAGCUAGCCAGAGCAAUGUAGAAAAGUUGGUAAGAUUUAUGGAGAGAAUGAGGGAGACGUACCAAAUUUCAGCUGCAGGAUAUAAACCCCUUGUGAAUGUCAGUAUCCUGGAUUUGUCACAUGACAGCGGAUACAAUAAGUAGUGAAGACUAAAAGUAAUGUAAAAGUGUUGCAUAAGCCCAGAAGAAGAAACACCCAAAGGUGUGUAGUGAUGUCACUUUAAAAGGGCAAUCCAGUAACAGAUGGCCAUGUGGAACAGCAGGACUAGAUCAUGCAUCUAAGAGAGUAUGAAGGAUGGUUGUGACUCUCCAGAAAGCAAACAUGGAUGUGCUGAUGUCGUUCAAAGACCUGUUGGAUUGUGGAGCACAUUAACAAAUUUUAGAAGAUCCAAAAGAGUGACAUCAGGGAAACUGACAAGAAUGUAUAUUGUCGAAGGCUUUCACGGCCGGAGAGUGAUGGUUGUGGAUUUUCCGGGCUGUAUAGCCGUGGUCUUGGCAUUGUAGUUCCUGACGUUUUGCCAGCAGCUGUGGCUGGC